AUGGCUAAACUGGUGGAAUGUGUGCCCAACUUCUCAGAGGGCCGAAAUAAAGAGGUUAUUGAUGCCAUUGCAGAUGCCAUCUCUGGGACUGAUGGGUGCAGUUUACUGGAUGUGGACCCAGGAUCCUCCACCAACCGCACAGUCUAUACCUUUGUUGGGUCCCCACAGGCAGUGAUAGAGGGGGCACUGAACGCAGCCAGAACUGCCUUCCAACUGAUCGACAUGUCAAAGCACUCAGGUGAGCACCCACGCACAGGUGCCAUGGAUGUAUGCCCCUUUAUCCCAGUUCAGAAUGCCACAAUGGAGGACUGUGUGAACUGUGCCAACAUUUUUGCUCAGAAGUUGGCAGAAGUGCUACAUGUGCCAGUGUAUUUGUAUGGAGCAGCGGCUCGGACAGAGAGCAGGAGGUCGCUGCCAGCCGUGCGUGCGGGAGAGUAUGAGGCUCUGCCGGAAAAGUUAAAGAAGAGUGAGUGGGCACCAGACUAUGGCCCUGCCACUUUUGUGCCAUCCUGGGGUGCCACAGUGACAGGGGCUCGUAAGUUCCUGAUUGCCUACAAUGUGAACCUGUUAAGCACAAAGGAACAAGCCCAUCGCAUUGCCCUCGAUAUCCGAGAACAGGGAAGAGGCAAAGACCAGCCAGGUCUUCUGAAAAAGGUACAGGGUAUGGGCUGGUACCUGGAGGAGUCUAACUUAGCUCAGGUGUCCACCAACAUCCUGGACUUUGAGUUGACCCCACUGCACGUGGUUUAUGAAGAGAUCUGCAGGGAUGCUCAAGAUUUGAACCUGCCUGUAGUAGGAUCUCAGAUUGUGGGCCUGAUCCCACUGAAAGCAAUGCUGGACUGUGCUGAAUUUUACAUCCAGAAAGAAAAGCUCUUUGUCGUGGAAGAGGAACACAAAAUCCGGCUGGUCAUCAGCAAACUGGGGUUGGACUCUUUGGGACCUUUCAUCCCUAAAGAAAGGAUCAUAGAGUACAUGGUGGAUUCCUCUCAGGAUGACAAGCGUCUGGUCACUCUGUCUGUGCAGCAGUUUGUCCGCAGUGUUGGUGCCAGAACAGCAGCUCCAGGAGGAGGCUCGGUGUCUGCUGCUAUCGCUGCCAUGGGGGCUGCUCUGGGCUCUAUGGUGGGGCAGAUGACUUAUGGAAAGAGACAGUUUGAGUCCCUGGAUGGAGUGAUGAGAAAAAUCAUCCCACCAUUUCAUCAGGCCAUGAAUGACCUCCUGGUCAUGGUGGAUGCUGACUCCACAGCCUUCAACAGCUACAUGGCUGCGUUGAAAAUGCCCAAAACUACAGCAGAUGAAAUGAGACGAAGAGAAGCGGCAAUGCAAGAGGGCCUAAAAAAGGCCGUGGGUGUCCCACUGUCCCUCGCUGAGAGAGUCAGUCUGCUCUGGCCUUCUCUCAAAGAACUGGUACUCUAUGGAAAUGUGGCCUGCAAGUCUGACGUCCAGGUGGCAGCAAAAGCUCUUGAGACAGCAGUUUUCGGAGCGUAUUACAACGUAAUCAUCAACCUCAAAGACAUCACAGAUGAAUCCUUCAAGAGUGCUACUAAACAGAGAGCAUCAGCACUACUAGAAGAGGCCAGGAACUGUGCCAGUGCUGUCCUGGAAGCUGCAGAGAAAAGGCAGUGAAGACCCAACGCUUCACUUUACGGCUCCAUGGGCAGAGCAAGUGGCCUUACCUCAUGUCUAUCAGCCAAAGACAUAAGACUGGAAAAGAAAGAUAUCACAUAUUCUUCAAGAGAUAGAGGGGGAAGAUGUACACAUUUUCAUCAACAAAUGUACAAAUAAAGCAAAUCUGAAUGAAAUGUUGGCCGCAUUUCUAAAUGUAUUUUUAACACUUUAACACAAUUUUAAUGCCUAAGCCUGUGUGAAUGAGCCAACUGGCCAUAGCCAUCCUAAUAGUAUUAUUGUUUUUUCCAGAUAUCAAUUAAACUUUGCACAAUUACAU